AUGCCCUUUGAUCCAAAAGGACCUGCUGCCAUGGUGCUUCGCGGUCUACCCAUCGAUCCCAACGUGCCUCCCACACCCACUACGAGGGAAACUUUCUUCCAGCAAUCACGCAGCUGUUCGUGUCCCGUCGCAGAUACCAUGGUAUUGGGGAUAUGCAGACUCUUGGGCAUCCUCCACGGACCCAAGAUACCGCCGCAGUCCCAUAUUGUCCGAGAUCUCAUGCCAACCACUAAAGAAGGACUGGGAUCUCUACCCAUGCAUCGCGAUUAUGCACGUCAAGUCGGAGACCAAGCGGGGAUCCUGUGGGAGCCGCAGUUCUUGAUUCUCUACUGUUUGCGAUCUGGAAGUGCCAGGUCACAGGCGGCUACCAUUGUCACGGAUUAUCAGCGGCUCUACCAACGCAUUUCCAAAAACGAUCGAGAGCUCCUGCGCAAGUACAAGAUCCAAAUGAAGAUGCAGUUUAAGGGUACAGACGACAUUCGUGACCUUGGUGGUCCCUUUUGUUCCAUUGAAGGAGGAGAAGAAAAUCGAAACGAUUUGAGCAUUACGCUUCACAAUGGCAUUCCAGGGGCCACUGUGUGGGCCACCAGCCCUGAUGCUCGAGAGACGAGUGAAGAUAUGGAGCGCCGCGUUGUGCAAGCAUGCGAACGACUCUCCGACACUGCCAUGGAACUUGGAGAACACGUUCUCCUGCAACCGGGAGAUAUGCUGAUCAUCAACAAUUCACGCUGUGUCCACGGACGAACGGCAUACACACCGCAAUUGGAUGGGAAGGAUCGGUGGUUCAUCAAGUGCUAUGUGUCCAAUGGACUGUGGAAGGCGCCCGGUCAACCCAGUUGUGGAGGUUACGGGCGGCCCUCGACCUUUCCUAGUUUAGAUUAUCCUCAGUAG